CAACACGAAGAAGAUCUUGGCGUAUCUGGGGAUCAAGCCAGCUUCAACUCCUAGCUCCUCGAGGCCGGAGGUCUAGUUGCAUGCCUCUGUUUUUCUUUCUGUUUCUUUUGCUUCUGUCGCCAAAGUAGUCAUUUGGCGACACGUACUUUCUUAACUCCACUGUAAUGCCCUUGUAUUUAUUCCAAGAGAUUAAUGAAGACUUCUAUCUUUGCUUGUUGUUUGAUGUUGUUUUGUUUAUUUUUCAGUUGAUAUUUGAUAACUAUACUCCAUCUUCUGCUCCUUCCAAUGUUUCGCCUUCUUCUUCCCGCGCGAGGAAAGCUUUUGGUGAUACCGCUCCUGUCGACGAUACCUUGUCGCAAGAACUGGAUGAACUUCGGCAACAACUUCAGUAUGCGAAGAAGCAAACACUUGUGAUGAUGGAGCAAUCUCGUAAGUCAUCUGAAGCCGAAAAAAUUGCUCUUCAACAAGCUCGCGAGGCCGUAGCUGCUAAGGAAAUUGCUGCUUCCGAGGCUGAAAAGGCGACUAUUCGAGAAAAUUUCAUGCUCGAAUUAAUGAAUGAAGCCAGUGCAGAUAUGUCGGGUGCCUUUACUGAUGCUGCUGCCGAGGAAGAGAGGGUGAAUGCUAGGACAACCCUCCUUGUUAAUCUCUCCUUGGACCAUGGUUCUUUGUUUUGGGCUACCCCGGAAAGGACCCGCCAAAUUGUCAGAUUUCAAGAUCGCGCCUCUCAAACUCGCGAUUUCCUCGACUUCUGUACCAAGACCUUGUCCAUGGUUUACAACUCCAUGUUUCCUCGGAACGUCCAACCAAAAACUCUUCCUGAAUUGAUGGAAAGGUUCAAGGAUGCUCGCAGUAUCCAUGAUUUUGUCAAAGCUCAACUAGUAGCUGGCGCCAGAUUUGCUCUUAUCAUGCUCCAAAUCUGCCACUCGAAGCUUGACCUUACCCAGGUUGUCGAGAAGGUUCACCAAAAGGUAAAACGUCGGAGAGUUGGUGUUGACAGGAUUAACACGAAGGUUACGCCUAUAGCCGAAGAAAUGAUUGAGGACCUACUUCGGAUGGAUGUCAUUAUCUGUCCAGCAUUCAUGGUGCGGGUGCUGGUCCACCAGGCUCGAGCUGGUCCUGCCAAGUAA